AAAUGCUCUCAUAAAAGCUGGAGUAAGCCAAAACACCACAUGGUGUCUGUUUGGUCAGAAAAUAUACCAAGCAAGUGGUUCAUGUUAACUUGUGUUGGUUAACAGGUGUAGUUCGCUAGCAGCUAGGCUAGCUUUAGACACUGCCGACACAUCAGUAGCUAUGGCUUUUGGGUUUAGCCUGGGCGUGGCCUUGCUCCUGUCUGUGUGGUCAUCUGCAAACUGUCAUAUUCCCAGUGGAGUUCUUCAUAUGGAGUGUCGUGACCGCUUCUUCAUGAUAGCUGCUGAUCUCUCCUUCACUGGGGCUGAGCCUCGUUUUGAAGCUGUCGAUGAGACCGGCGUGUACCCCAUCAAUGAACAGUAUGCAGCAACAUGUGGCUACAGUAUCGGUGUUGUUCCACUGAUGAACCAUGUGGAGCUCCGAGCCUCUUACUUCAGCUGUCAUGCUGACAACAAGGAUGAUGAGGUGUUCACAUUCAACUUCAACUUGAUUGCAACACAUGAAGGAAAGGAGGUCACCUAUGCUUUAAACAAGACCUGUUCUCCCUCUCUCCCCUGGUCCCCCAGAGAGUUUACCUGUGAGGCAAACUACAUGGAAGUUUCUGUGAGGAGUGAUGUGGCUUGUCCAACUGGGACCAGGAAAGAUGACUGGGAUGCUGUAGUCAAAACUGCCUAUGACUCUGCCAUCUCAGAUUGGCAGGUGAUGUUUCAGGGGGUGGAGCAGGAGCUGAUGCCCAUGAACCUCACAGACGCACAUAAGCUGGGCUAUGCAUUUGACUUGACAGAUGGAAGGCUUGUAUUUCGUACACCGUAUGGACAACCUGACUCAUUCAGCACUGCGGUGAAUGGUGUUCCAGUAGAGGUGGUCCAUGCAACUUUGUUCUCCAGACAAAGCUGGGUUGUCCUCAUGGUCGACCUGGUGGCUGCUUGCUCCAUGCAUGAAGGAUCCUAUGAUGACAGUGGCUACAUGAUGUGGGAGACUCCAGAGGUGCUGCACCCACUGGUGUCUGGUCUACCUGAGACCCAGGUCAACAUUGGCGUCAAUGGAGAACUUGUGGAGCAGCCAGUUGCAGAGGAGAGGGGAUACACUGUGGAGAAGCAUGACACCGCAGUCUACAUCAGCAUCCCUUAUAAUGCUGAAGGAGGAUACAGGAAGAGCGUCGUGUCUGGUGACCUCUAUGAGUUCUAUGUCUUUAGACUCUACUUGGAGCAUCUCAUGGAUGAAAGAUCACAUUGAUACCAGACUUCGCUAUCACAGGACACGGGCACUCCUCUGCUGCCACGCCCGGUUUACUGUGAAAAACGAACAGUUCUUGAGGAGCACAUGUUCACCGUCUACCUCAGAGAUAUCCCUGCAGAUGUGCAGUUGACUGCUAUUUAUCUGAAGGACACGAAUGCAACAGCAAUCACUUAGAAACGCAAGCACCAACACACCAUCACAGAAGUUCUUCAUCCUAAUGACACUCAUUGCUACAUCCUGAAGGUGCCUUUUGAUGACCCAGUUGUCGUAAAACAGUUCUCCAAAGAAGACGCAGCAAUGCAGCACAAGUUGGACUUGAACUUCACACUGACCGUUGUGCCAGAAAAUGAGUCUUUUUACCACCUGUCAUCAGUCAUGGCAUUAACGGAAGUUUCUCCUCCAGCCUUAUGCUGUCUGUUCCAGUCUGGGAUCAGCUUCAAACUGGACCACCGGCCUUAUGACUACCUGUGGGAGAUCAGUAUCGGCUCAGACCUGCUGACUUCAGAGCUGGCAGCCCAGCACGGUUACAUCAUGAGCAACGAUAGCCAGCGUAUGCUGCUCGACGUGCCGCUUUUCAGUGAUGGCUUCGAGUACAAGGACAUUACUUUGAAGGGAUUCUUUGGCACGUUUGAGAUCCUUGUGCGGGAUCCGGAAACAUCAGAGGUCCAGAGCUCCACCGUCAAGACUUGUCCCUUCACUGCUACUGAACUCAUUAUGUGUUCGACUGAUGGGAGGAUGACUGUGGUGGCUGACUUGUCUCUGGCCAUCCCGAGUGGAGGAGUUCCCGCUAGAACCAACCUCGUAGAUAAAUACUGUGGACCCAAAGAGACAGACAGCACCAGGGCUCUCUUCUCCUUUCCACUCAACAGCUGUGGCUCCACAGUAAAGCUCAGCAAAGAGUACGUGACCUACGAAAACGAGAUUUUCUUCAGCCGGAAGUUGCGUGCUCUGAAAAGCCCAGCAGACUCCAGCAGUGAUCUUGACAGGGUGACGAUGCAGUGUGUAUAUUCCGUGGCUGGACUGCAUCGCCUCUUCUCGGUUUACAAGUUUGAGUCUGACACAGUUGGCGUCGGCCGGAUCGUGCAUUCUGCACACUCGACUGAAGGUCUACAAAGUCCCACCAUUGGGCCCACUACAUCGCUUCAAACGUCAGUGCCUACAAGACCCACCCGAAGACCUGUCUCCGCACGACCUGGUUACCACCCUCCUGCUCAGUACAUCAGAGUACCCAGCUUUCGACAGAAUCCGCAUAAGAAAGGAGCUGGUGGAUCAUCAAACUAAAAUGACAUUGUGAUUACAUGUAUUUUAAAUAUAGCUCAAUAAACAUGUCUUAAAUGUU